AUGGCAAUCGUUCCGAAAGCAUUGCUAAUUGGGGCGAUUUUAUGGAUCGUGGGAUGUGAUGCUGUGGCUUCACUCCCAGGACACCCCAAUGAGCGGGUCGUCGGCGGAGAUCUAGCAACCGUUGGACAGUUUCCGUAUGCCGUGGGUUUGAUAACCCACUCGACAUCCAUCUUCACAGGCCGCUGUGCCGGAUCGUUGGUUUCGUCCAACUACGUUCUCACGGCUGCAAGUUGUGUCCAGAGCGCUACGUCCGCGUUUGCUUACAUAGGAGGGCUGCGAAUGGACGAUCAACCACAGCAGGGUCAGGAACGAUUGCUGAUUGAACGGUUCAUACUGCACUCGAGCUUCGUUGAUGGUGGCGACAGCUUUGAUGUGGCACUUGGUCAGCUGCCCCGCAGUGUGGCCUCAACCGAUCGCAUUCGGCCUAUUCGUCUGCCGAACAUGAGGCAAGUGCAGGCCACCUUUGCUGGCCAGCAAGGUACCGUGUUUGGCUGGGGUCGUUUCGGAUCAGGAAUUAGUAAUUCGGCCGAGUUGCGAUUCGGUCGAGCCGAAGUUUUGACCAACCUGGCUUGCCGAAUCAAUCUGCCAACGAACACCAUCCUCGAUGUACAUAUGUGCACCGAUGGGGCCGCAAGCUCACCGUGCGCCGGGGAUAACGGAGCACCACUUACCAUCGUCGAUGCGGACGGUAUUACCACACAAAUCGGUGUGUUUUCGUUCAAUUCCAUCCUCGGCUGUGAUGCGGGACGUGCCGCCGUCUACACAAGGCUGUCGGCCUAUCUGGGGUGGAUCGGCGAAAACUCGGAUGUAGUUAUUCGGGAGGACUACUAA